CGGGCGGCGGGUCCCCGCCGGGCGGCUGGGCCGUGGCGCGCCUCGAGGGCCGCGAGUUCGAGUACCUGAUGAAGAAGCGCUCGGUGACCAUCGGGCGCAACUCGUCGCAGGGCUCGGUGGACGUGAGCAUGGGCCACUCGAGCUUCAUCUCGCGGCGCCACCUCGAGAUCUUCACGCCCCCGGGCGGCGGCGGCCAUGGCGGGGCGGCCCCGGAGCCGUCGGCGCAGCCCGGGCCCGACGCGGGCGGCGACUUCUACCUGCGCUGCCUCGGCAAGAAUGGCGUGUUCGUGGACGGCGUGUUCCAAAGGCGCGGGGCGCCGCCACUGCAGCUGCCGCGCGUGUGCACGUUCAGGUUCCCGAGCACAAACAUCAAGAUCACAUUCACUGCCCUGUCCAGCGAGAAGAGGGAGAAACAGGAAGCGCCCGAGUCCCCCGUGAAGACCGUGCAGGCUCACAUCUCGCCGCUGACCAUCAACAUUCCAGACACCAUGGCCCACCUCAUCAGCCCCCUCCCCUCCCCCACAGGAACCAUCAGUGCUGCGAAUUCCUGUCCAUCCAGCCCCCGGGGAGCAGGGUCUUCAGGCUACAAAAUGGGCCGUGUGAUACCAUCUGACCUCAAUUUAAUGGCCGACAACUCACAGCCAGAAAAUGAGAAGGAAGCUUCAGGUGGAGACAGCCCAAAGGAUGAUUCAAAGCCACCUUAUUCCUAUGCACAAUUAAUCGUACAAGCAAUUACGAUGGCUCCUGAUAAACAACUCACCCUAAAUGGAAUUUAUACACACAUCACGAAAAACUAUCCCUACUACAGGACUGCGGACAAGGGCUGGCAGAAUUCAAUUCGCCACAAUCUCUCUCUGAAUCGUUAUUUCAUCAAAGUACCACGUUCCCAGGAAGAACCAGGCAAAGGCUCAUUCUGGAGGAUAGACCCUGCCUCUGAAAGCAAAUUAAUAGAGCAGGCUUUUAGGAAAAGACGGCCUAGGGGCGUGCCUUGCUUUAGAACCCCUCUGGGACCGCUCUCCUCUAGGUCAUACAGAAGUGCCCCAGCCUCUCCCAAUCAUGCUGGAGUGCUGUCUGCUCACUCCAGUGGCGCCCAGACCCCCGAGAGCCUGUCGAGGGAAGGUUCACCAGCCCCUCUGGAGCCCGAGCCUGGUGCCUCACAGCCCAAACUCGCUGUCAUCCAGGAGGCACGGUUUGCCCAGAGUGCACCAGGCUCACCUCUGUCUAGUCAGCCCGUCUUAAUCGCCGUGCAGCGACCACUGCCACCGACGAUCAAGCCUGUUACCUACACUGUCGCCGCCCCUGUGACCACCUCGACCUCCCAGCAGCCCGUCGUGCAGACGGUUCACGUCGUCCACCAGAUCCCAGCGGUGUCUGUCACCAGCGUGGCCGGACUGGCCCCGGCAAACACGUACACCGUCGCAGGACAGGCCGUGGUCACUCAGGCGGCCGUGCUGGCCCCCCCUAAGGCAGAGCCACAAGAGAAUGGAGACCACAGAGAAGUAAAAGUGAAAGUAGAACCUAUUCCUGCGAUUAGCCAUGCCACACUAGGUGCCGCUGGCCGGAUCAUUCAGACGCCACAGACCACCCCUGUCCAGACGGUCACCAUAGUGCAGCAGGCACCUCUAGGUCAGCACCAGCUUCCAAUAAAAACUGUAACACAAAACGGGACUCACGUGGUGCCAAUCCCCGCCGCCGUCCACGGCCAGGUGAAUAAUGCUUCCAGGAUCUUAGUUCCCCAACCAGGAUUGAACCUGAGCCCUCAGCAGUGAAAGUGCGGAGUCCUAACCACUGGACCACCAGGGAAUUCCCAAUACUGAUGUUUUAAAAUAAAACUUAUUCUUUUAAACGUGCUCCUGGCUCUGAAUACUGCUCUGAUUUGAUGCCCCUUCUCACCCACAUAUCAGCACACAGACAAGCAGGCUCACCAAUCCUCGUGGCUCAAUCUCAUGUCCCCCACAGAUUUUGUGCUAGUGCCACAUACUUUAUGCUUAAAUGUCAUUUACUGAGUACAUCUUUUCUUUGCAAUAAUAAAAUGGAGAAAUACUAAAGAUUUAAUUGUCUGUGACUAUAAGGAUUCACUUAUCAAUUGUUAUAACUAUAGAAUUGAUCAAAACCAAACUUAUAAUUCUUUAAAAAUUUUAUUUGGGAAUUCCCUGGUGGUCCAGUGGUUAGGACUCUGCACGCUUUCACUACCAUGGACCCGGGUUCAAUCCCUGGUCAGGGAACUAAGAUCCUGCAAGCCGCAUGGCACAGCUAGAUAGAUAGGUAGUAUUAAAGAUGCAUUUUUCAAUAUAUCUGGGCUUUAAAGAAAACCACACAAUUAUUGUAUUAUAUUGACAAUCACUGCUGGGAGCAGUAGGCAAAGUGCUGGGUCAGCCCUGAGAAACCUUGUUCCCACUCAGAAGAAGGAAGGGUAGAAGAAAUGCUAAAACUCCUUCCAGUUUUAGUCAUCUUUUAGUGGGAAUUAUCUGUUAGUGGGAAAUUUUAUUGGUUCUCCUUGAAUUUAGUCUCAACCUUUUACUUAGAAACCACUUGGUCUAGAAGAGGAUUUGAUGUCUAGUCAGUAGUAAGUCAGGUCCACAGUGCCAGUGUUCCACUCUUCCUUUGUUUCAUGCUCCAUCUUGACAUUUGCAUCCCCAAAAGCACCCCAGUUGAGUGGGUGAGAGAGAGGCUGUUGAGAAAGGGGAGGAGGGAGGAGGUGGCAGAUCAGCUUUUAAAAAGAUUCCAUGGGCAAGUGGAGACUCUGAUGGUGGUUUUUUUUGAAAACUGCUGUCGGGUGUGAUGUGGAUGCUGUAUGACCCAGCUGUGACCUCCCUUACCCUUGAAAGUCACUCUCAAGAAAGGGAAGCAGUGCCUAGUACUAAUGAAUUUUGAAAAUCAGAAGCUUUGGUAUUUUAAAUUUUUAUUACGGAAAAUGACAAACUUUCUGAAAAUUAAUUCACAGCCAGCCUUGUUCCAUAUUCCUCACCCGUCCCAUCUGCUCCCACCCAGAUCCAGACAUGUCAUUCCCUGUUUUGGCAUGCGUCUCUAAAGAUAAGGACUCCCUUUUAGUAUAUAAGCACAAUACCAUUGUUAUAGUUUUAAAAAUAAACAGUAAUUCUUUGGCUGCGUUGGGUCUUCGUUGCUGUGCACGGGCUUUCUCUAG